AUGUACGGUCAACGACGCAAAUACAUGAGCAAGCGGCAGCGGCCUUGCGACUUUUGUCGUUCGCGAAAGGCAGCAUGCCGCAUCGAUCAAGCGCCGCCCUGCCGUCUCUGUCUGCUGCACGGCCGGGAAUGCACCUUCGUCGAGGCCGCAGCGCCGAGGAAGCGACUUUUGCCAUCGGAGGGGAUUCGAGACCUGGACUCAUCUCAAUCUUCCGUAAAGACGCCCAUGUCGAUGAUCACAACCGCCAGCCAGGCACAGGUACCCCCGGUACUCACAGACGAACACCCCUCGGACGACGCCGUCAUGGACUUCGUCGAUGGCAUCAACUUCGAGACGACGCAGUCCGAGUUUGAGGCCAUGUUCCGAAGCCCGCGCGCUCUCAGCAGCACGCCCGCCACCGCCUGGACGAGCAACACGCCCCGACAGCUCCGGUCCAGAGACGAGGACAACUACCCCCCCGGCGCCAACCCCCAGCUGCUGGGCCUCAGCGGCGACAUGGACCCUCUUCUGCUGCGGCAUUACCGUUUCGACGAAGGCGGCAUGUUUGGCUUCAAAGAGCUCGCCGUCCACUCCGUCCAGAGCUCGCCGUUGCCGUGCCACUUUCUGGUCUCCCAGCAGUCCAUCUUCUCCCGCCGACGGGACGAAUGCGGUCUCGAACGGCCGGACGACGAGACGCUCUCCCGGCAGCUGCAAGACAUCGUCCCCGCCGCCGUCGGCCGGCGUCUCGUCAGUCUCUGCAUGGACUUCGUCCAGCCCCUGUUCCCCAUCUUCUCAACGGCGGAGCCCCCGGAUCCCGCGACGGCGCCGACGUACCUCCUCGCCGCCAUCUACGCCAUCUCGCUCCCCUUUGCCGUGCACGACGACAAGCUCAGCGUGGACGUCGCGUACGACAAGCCGCCCUACCCGGCACUGUCGCGCAUCGUCGACAGCGCUCUCUCGUUCGAGCUUCACUCGCCGAGCGUGCCCGUCGUGCAGACGCUGCUGCUUCUCAUCUUACGGCCAUCCGCGGACCCGCUGGUCGCCGACACAGCGUACCGACGGGACGCGCUGGGAAGGCUCGUCUCCUGUGCCACGACCCUCGGCCUUCACCUCGACCCUUCCGAGUGGCCGAUGACCGACGGGCGGAAGGCUCACCGGCGGAGACUUUCUUUUACCGUUUACGCCGUCGAUCAGUGGAUAGCCUCCAGCCACGGGACGCCGCCGUCUACUCAUCGAGACAACUGGCUCGUCACGAACGUGAAGCCCGGAGACUUUGUUGAUUCGGGCCUCGGGUCCCAUGACGAGUCGAGACUCGUCGACUUUGCAACUAUUACAGAAAUUCUCGGCUCGGCUCUUUCAAGUCUCUACUCCCUCCGAGCGGUCCAUGAACUAUACAAAAGCCGCGAUGCAAUCCCCGCCGUCUCCCAACCGCUUCUCCAGGCUCUGAUCUCGAUACCUAACCUAAACCAGACAGAGUCGAGUAUGAGUCGUCUAGCGAUUCUCUAUACUCAACUCGUCAUUCGCCGAGCCGAACUGCGGCCUUCUCUGGCACAGCACUCACCCCAUAGUCCCCGCGAGGAUGAUUUCGAGCUGUCCGCGAGGAGAAACAUAAAGACUUGCACACGCGCCCUCACCGACGUCAUCCAAGACCUGAAUCCAGAUACGGACGGUGUCUUCUGGCCGUCGUGGACCCAGCUGGUCUUCUCCUCCGUCUGCUUCACCCUCAUGACGAUGGCCGUCUCGUCCCCCGAUGCCGAAGAAGCUUCUGCCUGGAUUGCCGAUCUGCAGUCGACUCGCCGGGGUCUCCGGUUGAAGGUCGCCUCGUUCCCGUUUCUCCGCCUGGGCCUCCUCCGGAUCGACGCACUCUUCUGGCGCGGCAUCACAAACGUCCUCGACCUGCGGCCGCACGUGGAAGAGGCGUUCCGAGCUGCGGAUCUGAUAUAA